AUGUCAAUACCUACGGUUGUUAGAGUAAUCCGGGUUAAAACUCAGCAGGUUAUUGUGCCUGAAAUUCCGUUGGUUGACGGUUUACCAACUAGAAGAUGGUCAAUGGAAAUCUACAUGUUAGAUGAACAUUCAAAUGAGGUAGAUGCAGAUAUAUUUGAAUCAUGUACAUAUAUUUUACAUCCUUCUUUUAGCCGACCCAAGAGGAAGAUUAGUUGGCCGCCGUUUACGUUAGAUGAGCAAGGUUGGGGCGAAUUUGAACUUAAGAUCAUAUGCCAAUUUAUACACAAUGGAGGCAAGGUAAUGAUUCCACAUACCCUACUAUUUAGUGAAGAUGCAUAUGCUGUUGAUUUUUCAAUACAAGUUCCCUGUCAUAUAGCGGAGUUUAGAGAGUUGUUGAAGAAGAGUGGCACUGUGCCGGAAUUGAGUUCCCAUGAGGAAGAAUCUAGUGCCGUCAGGCAAAAGAUACCAGUACUAGUUAAGAAGAUAGCGGCAGCGAAUGAGGCAACUGUUAAUGAUAUCGUCAGGACUGUACUGUCAUAUCCCGGAGUAAAAGAUGCAUUAUUAAAACGGCGACACAGAUCACAAGAAUUUGUGAUGCAUUUGGGUCAAUUGCCGGAUGACGUAUUGGAGGCUAUAGAUGUGAUAUUAAAACGGGGUUAA